UUACCACCAAAACAGUUCCAUUUGUCUUUUCGGCUCGGCCCCAAAAGCCUAACUUAAAGCUAAAGAGAGAGAGAGAGAGAGAGAGAGAGAGUGAAGCACACUACAUCACUAAGAGUGGCGAGCCCAAAAGAAAUAACACACACCAGAAAAACAGACAAUGCUGAGCAAACCAACCCCAAACCCAAACCCCCUCCCCCUCCCCCUCUUCUCUCUCAUCAUCUUCUCCAUACUCUCUCUGGGCUUUCAAUCCUCCUCUGCCUACACCUUCAUCUAUGGAGGUUGCUCCCAAGCCAGGUACCAACCCGGUUCCACCUACCAAUCCAACCUAAACUCCCUCAUGACCUCUCUCGCGAACUCCGCCUCCUCCUCUCUCUACAAGACCUUCACCUCCGGGAGCUCCUCGGAUACCGUCUAUGGCCUCUACCAGUGCCGCGGAGACCUGGGCACGGCGGACUGCGGCCGCUGCGUCCAAAACGCGGCCAGCCAGCUCGGCCUCGUCUGCCCGAACGCCUUCGCGGCCGGCCUCCAGCUGGAUGCCUGUUUCCUGCGAUACGAGAACACUAAUUUCAUAGGGAAGCUCGACACGACGCUGGUGUACAAGAAGUGCAGCAAGAGCAGCAGCGGGGACUCGGAGUUCUUGGAGAGGAGGGAGGAUGUGUUUGGGGCGGUGAUGGCGGGAGGCGGAGGGUUUAGGGUUGGGGGGUCGGGGCUUGUGCAGGGAGUGGGGCAAUGCGUCGGAGACCUUGCCACGGGGGACUGCGCCGCCUGUUUGGAGACCGCCGUGACAACGCUCAGAAACGUUUGCGGAGCCGCACUUGCAGGGGACUCGUAUUUGGCGCAGUGCUAUGUCAGAUACUGGGCUUCAGGCUACUACUCACAUUCAUCUCCAGGUUCUUCAAGUGAGGAUGAUGUUGGAAGAACGGUUGCCAUAAUAAUAGGCGUAUUAGCGGGCGUUGCGCUUCUCGUCGUUGUCUUAUCCUUUCUAAGAAAAGCAGCAAGCUAAAGAAAAGCAAACGUUGGGCUUCCAUUGAUAGAGAGAGUGAGAGGCCUUACACCUCACGGGGGAUUAGGGGCCAGGAUUUCUUGAUAUGUGUACGUCAUCGUUUUAUAUUUCUUUGUUUAUUUGACAUGGAAAGAGCAAAAGGACUUCAAGAAUC